CGUUUGAUUACACCUAUAAGUACGUACUUGUCAAGAUGGCCACCAGGGAAUCCGUGGACCAACUACUCACGGGUAUUGCAGCUGCAGUUGAGACCACGACGCAGUCGAUCCAGUCCAUAGAACAAGAUCAUCUCGAUAAUGAAGAUACUUUCCCUAGUAUAGUUCAGGAACUUAUGAAAAAACUAGGACUCGAUAAACUAGAAGGGGUUUCGUUAUUGACAUUGAAAAACAGCUCGUUAUUGUCGUAUUUAAACAAUCUUGCUCUUAUAAUUUUAAGUCACUUGGAAAGAUUAGAAGAAGAUUGUGAAUUUGACAAGACAGAAUCAUUAAAGGAGAAAAUGGUGGAAAAUUCAAUUAUACAGAGGGUUUCAUUAGAAAAAGGGAUUAAGCCAUUAGAGAAGAAAUUAAAUUAUCAAAUUGAUAAAAUGGUGAGAUCGUAUAAUAGAAUGAUGGAAGAUGAAACUAGAAUAGAAGCUAAGAUUAGUAAAGAAUCCAACAAAGAAUCCGGAUCAGAGUCCGGAUCAGAGUCCGGAUCCGAGUCCGAGUCUGAAGAAGAAGACGACGCUCUUUCUUAUAGACCAGAUGCUGCAGCCUUGGCCAAAUUAACUAAAACUUCAAGCAAAGCUAAACCAUCCAAAUCAUCAGAGCCAAGUGAAAAUGCUGAAGCUUAUAAACCACCCAAGAUUUCUGCAGUUGCACCACCCUCUGCUACCUUCAGUGAAAAGGGUACUGAUAAGUCGUCUAAUCGUAAAUUACAAAGUAUGGAAGAAUAUUUGGCAGAAAACUCUGAAUUACCUCAAGCAGAAGUAUCAAUUGGUUCAAGUAUUGUAAACAAUGGUAGAGGAGGUGUUAAAACUGAUAAAGAUAGACAAAGAGAAGAAGAAAUUCAAACUUACGAAGAAAGUAACUUCACCAGAUUACCCAAUACUCAACUUAAAAAGAGCUUCAAACAAAAACAAAACGAAAAGGCAAAUCACUUUGCCGGUGAAGAUUGGUCAAUGUUUAAUAAUAAUAGAAAUAUCCUGGAAGGUACUUCUAGGAAAAGAAAACCUACUUCUGCCUGGGAUAAAGUUAAAAGAAGACGUUAAGCCUUUCUUUCUUUUUUUCGCAUCCUAUUAAUAUAUAAAUAGAUUAGCAAUACUACGGUCAUUAAGGGUAAUGUUUCACGGAACCAAUGGAAAUAAAUGUAGUCCUUCAGGAUUUAAUAACACGUAAGUACCUUAUAUAUACACCACCUUAUACAAAGUCUCGAUUCAAAUCGUUUACCUUCGCGUUGCUGCUGCGGAAAAUGAUUUUUCGUUUUACGGUUUUCAAAUGGCUGCUACAUAAAGUUUAAAUAAUGACAAAAUUGAUUGAAAAAGAAAACAG